AUGAAAGAGCUACUUGUACUUGCACUCCUCAGUUUAGUGUGCUUGGCUAAUAGUAAAGUGCUCCAAGUGAUUCUAGUCGACUCUAGUAGCAACUACAGCUAUGCAGAUACAGCUGCUACAACCGCUCAAGAGAUCAACAAUUGCCCUAGCCUACUCAAUGGCUACACGCUUCAAGUGAAGACUGUGUCCAGUCAAUUCCCCAGCUCUGUAGUGGAGGUUGUCGAGGUAUUGAGGGACGCUAAGGUUAACGGAGGCAUUGUCAUCGGAAUGAUUGGGCAGGUGGACAAAUCAUUUGCUCGUUCUUUGUUACCUGUGCCUCAGAACACAGGAAUUAUUCAGAUCAUUGAGCCAGCGGGGAUGAUGUUGGACCGAGAUAAGGACUACCCUAAUCUGUUCACUCUUCUUCCCUCACUGGAGGCUCAUAUUUCAACAGCCCUUCAAUUAUUACCAGCUCUAAACUGGACCAGUGUUGGCGUCAUCUACAGUGGAGGUGAUGUGUUUUAUGCUAGAGCAGCAGAGACAUUUGUCACUCUGAGUAAUCACUCGGACAUACCUAUCACCACAAAAUCAUUUGAAUAUUACAACAAUUCACACGAGCUACAGCAAUGGAUAGAACAGUCUUCACUGAAGAUAUUCGUUGUGAUGCUACCUAAACACCAACUAUGUCAGCUUCUCAGUACUGUACAAAGAAAGGGAUGGACAUGGCCUGACUAUGCGUGGGUGGUACUCAAUGAACAUCCACUACAAAACAAGACCUCCUCUGAUUUAUGUGGCUCGAAAACAGAUACUUUGGAGGACAUUAUUUUCAUAAAACAGUUAAGCAAUGAAUCAACUGACAGGACAACAGUAGACAUUCCAUACAAUCGAACACAGUACAACACAAUAUCAACUUCUCUGUGGGCGCUAGCGCUGGCUUGGAACACAUCUACAAUCAAUGGCAAUACAUCACACACCAUUAUCAAAGAUUACCUAACCACCAACAUCUUUGAUAAUAUCGUAGUAACCCCAUACACGAGUGAAACACAGACCAGCAUUGCACAGAUCAAGUCAGGCGUAUCACACAAAGUUGGUUCUUUCUACGCUAAGACACGAGAGCUAGAAAUUAACUUCACCAAUGGGGAACUCCCCACUGCCUACCCAGCUCCUGUAUACCCAUACGAAUUAUUCACUCCACAUACAACAACUUUCUUGUUGACAACAGCGAUGCUAUGCAUCUUGCUAACAACAAUCGUGCUGGUCCUAUUCGUAUAUUACCGCAAGGAACCAGAGAUUAAGGCAAGCAGCUUCCCAAUCAGUUUGUGCAUGUUUGCAGGCAUAUAUUUUCUUCAGGCAGCCAGCUUCACUCUUUUCCUAGGGGGUGCUAUAAUUGUCAAGUCUACUGGUAAAUAUUUUGGAUGCAAUUUCACAAUUUAUUGUACUGCGCUGGGAAUAGAUAUCGUGCUUGCUACUCUAUUGAUGAAGAUGCUACGUCUCUGGAGGGUUUUCACUUUCUAUGGAAACACUGGGAAAGUGUGGACUGAUAAAGUCAUGCUGUUAAUAAGUGGAGCGAUUAUUCUAAUCAAAGUUCUGAUACUGACAAUGUGGGCUCUACUUGAUACGCCUACUGUCACAGACAAGGUCUUUACAAAUAGCAAUGGAAAUAUGUCUUUGGCUAUAGUGGAGUACUUGGAACCUGCUUGA